CAGGUAGAUAAGGAACCAUGUGAUGCAGCUGGAGGGGAGCGGGUGGCAGGCAGGGUGAAGGUGCACAGGGAAAUAACCUUGCAGGGAGUUCCUCCCUCCCUUCUCGGGGACCAGUGUCUGGGCAGCGCUGAUCCCGCGGCUCCCACUGCACCUUGGUCUGGAUGCCUGCUCGGGUUCUGGGGGCUCUCUGAAACUCCCGGGAAGCAGGAAUGUCCUUUAGCAGAAGGAACUGGUCCGAUCUCUCCAGCCUGGCCAGGCAGAGGACCCUGGAGGAUGAGGAGGAGCAGCAAAGAGAGCGCCGGCGAAGGCACCGGAACCUGCUGUCAUCCACAUCCACGGAUGAGGAACCUGCCAGCCCUGUCAAAGACACCAGCCCAGCUUCCAGCAGACCUCCAUCCCUGGUGAAGCUGCAGUCUCCGGAGGAUGGGGAGGAGCGAAAGCUCUCGGAGGUGCUGAAGACACAAGAAGGGAGAAGGACGAAGGGGAAGUGCCUCCCGCCCGUGUCUGAAAAGCUGAGGCAGGAGAAGGAGCAGAAGGAGCCAGAGGUGGGAGAAAGCUGCCCGGAGAGAGGGCCACAGCCUUGUGAAAGGCAGGAGAGCAGCCGAGCUGCAGAGCGGGCUCAGGAGGCAGCCAAGGGCAGAGGGGAUCCACCAGGAGACAAGAACCUGGAGCCAGCCUCUGAGAGGAAGGUGGUGGUGAGGGCACGGCUCCAGGACAAGGACCAAGGAGUGUGGAGUCCUCGGGGGGAGCAGAGAAAGGAGGCGAAGGAGCCGCCAGAGGUGGGGAGCUGCCGGCUCCGGGAGGUGAAGAUCCUCACCAGGGUGGGAAAGGAAGAGAAAACCUCAGCAGUGACCUCCUCUCCAGAGCAGCAGCAGCCAUCCAGGAACCCCUCAAAGCAGGAAAUCCAGCUGUCCCCUCCCCAGGAUGAACCUGCAGAAGAGCCAGACCCUUCUCCAACUCACGUCACCUUCAGCAGCUCCAUCCGACGGGCCAGCCCAAGAACCGUCUCAUUUCGGAUCAUCUCCAAGAAGCAGAAAGAGAGCCAAAGCCCUCUCACAAGGAGUGCGAGUCUGAGGAUCCCAGGCAGCAACAGCACCAUUGGGGAGAAGCUGGAAAAGUACAACUCGGCUGUGCAGCGCUCGGAGGGGGUGAAAUCCUCCGUGCCGGUCCAGAAGAGUCGCCUGCUCUCCUCGGAGGGGGUGGCGAGCAAGCGCAACAUCUUCGAGGGAAGCGCUCCCAGCAAGGCGGAGCCGGCGGCUCUCAGGAAGGACAACCUGAAGAUCCCAGGAUCGGUGACAUCCCGCAUUAAUCUGUGGAUCAGCCGAGCUCAGGAGCCUGCCAAGGAGGAAAACAGCAAGGAAAUCCGGAGAAUCAACAGCCUGGCAAAACGAGACAUCUGGAUAAAGCAGCCUGGAGACACCUCUGGAGACACCAAGUUGCAAUAAGACCAUCUGGGAAAAAUUGGUUUGCUCCAAAGAUCAAAGCCCAGCCCUACCCAACUGUCCAGCAGCCACUGCCACGAGUCCCCUGUGCCACGUAUGGGUGCAGCCCAGGUCAUGGGGUCCUCUGCUUGUGGGAUGGGGAGGAAGAAGCCUGGAAGAGUCUCCCUGUGCCCCCAGUCCCCACUCAACUGCCUGUCUGGGGGUGUCCAGGCCUACAGGCUCCCCACAGAUGCUGAAGGCAAACUCCUGCCUUGUUUGCCCACCACAUUUUGCUGUUCUGUUCCUGAUCUCUGCCUGUGCCUCGGAACUGCCCUGGCAAAGGGGAUCCCUCACACGGCAGCUGGAAGAUGUCAGUGGGGCGAGAACCGCCUGGCCAAGGGAGUUCCAGCUGCACAUCCAUGGACCAUGUUGGUCCUUGCUGCCUGGGGCAGGUGGGGCUGGCAGGUUCACCCCCCUGCCAGGCUGUCACUGCCAGAGUGACCCAACCAGAGGCUGAUGUUCAUGAAGUCACACGAGCGCUCGGAGAUGUCUCAUGGAAGAAGGGGGGACUUGGCCCUGGUAGCUGAACCAGAGUUGUCCUUGUCCUUGUCACUGCUGUCCCCUGCCCCUGCACGCAGUGACCCUUCAUCCAGUGAUCCAGGGGGGGUGAGCUGGCCCUGGCCAUGGCCACAGCCCUGUCUGGGGGAUUUCAUGGAGCUGAGUGCCCUGUGCUCAGCCCCAUUUCCCUCUUGCCUUUCCUCCUGAGCCCUUUGCUGUGCAGCCCCUCAUCCUGCAUUUCCUGGGCUGCUGAGCCCACCCAGCAGGGAUGGGGGAUGCUUUCUCAAGGCCUUUAGGGUGGCUUUACGGUGCCAUGGGCAAAGGGCUCAAAUUCUCCUAUUUGGGCCGUUUUUUGGGUUUGGGUUGUUCCUUGAGCAGCCACUGUGGUGACAAAUUCAGUGUGGGAAUCUGCUGUUGCCCCUGGAACUGAUCUUGCUUGUUGGGCUUGGGAAAGGACUUCGGUUUCUCUGUGCUUUUUUUUUUUUCUAAUAAACAUUGCUCUUUCUAAGACA